AUGGCUUCAUACAAACAAAAACUUGAGCAGACAAGAGAGAGAUUGAUUAUUGUUCAGGACCAGAUUCAGCAGGAUCCUUUAGCCUAUAUCCUGUUUGACUUAGAGAAAGACACACUAGCUGACAUUGAAAAAUGGAGCAAUGUUGAGGAACAAGUGCUGAGGCAGAAGUCCAGGGCAUGCUGGAUUGAGUGUGGUGAUGCAAAUACAAAAUACUUCCAUGCCCAAUGGAAGAUUAGAUCUAGCCAGAAUAGUAUAACCUCUAUAUACACUGACACAGGAAUGAAGGUAACUGAUCCAAAAUUGGUUGAGCAGGAAUUCAUCAGAGUAUUUAAGUCCUUGAUGGUAGACUGUGCUACUGAAAUGCCUUGUGCAAAUACAACUAUAAUCAAGGAUGGACCAUGCUUAACUAUUUUACAACAGAGAGGAUUAAUUCAGAAAAACAUAGUGAAGAAGGACAUCUUUGCAGCUGUGAAGAGCUUUUUUACUACCUGUAGCCUGCCUGGAAUGAUCAAUACUAUAGCCAUCACCUUAGUACCUAAAUUCUCAGCACCUUCAACAGUCAAGGACUAUAGGCCUAUUGCAUAUUGUACCAUAUUGUAUAAGAUUAUCUCUGAAGUCAUUACUAGAAGAAUCAAAACUGUUCUUGAUGGUUUGGUUGGACAUUCCCAAUCAACAUUCAUUGAAGGGAGGUGUAUUAUUGAUAACAUACUACUCAAUCAUGAGUUAUUUAAAGGAUACUCCAGAAAAGGUAUCUCUCCUAGAUGUGUGCUGAAGGUGGAUUUGAGGAAAGCCUAUGAUACUUCGGAAUGCGGAUUUCUCAGAAGAAUGCUUGUUGAUAUUGGUUUUCCCUUCAAGUUUGUGCAAUGGAUAAUGGCAGGUGUUGCUACAAUGUCAUAUUCCUUGGUGCUAAAUGGAGGAAUGAUCAAACCUUUCAAAGGCAGAAGGGGGAUUAGACAAAGAGAUCCAAUGUCUUCAUACUUAUUUGUCAUUGCAAUGGAAGCUGAUAUUGAGUCUAUUAGAAUCCUUAAUGCUUCAUUUCCCAAAUUCUUAGUUGUUUUUGGCUUGCAGGCAAAUGUGGAUAAAAGAAAGCUUCCUUUCAAAUAUUUGGGGAUUCCUUUAGAUUCUAAAAAGCUAUCAGUUCAGCAAUAUCUACCUCUUAUUGCGAAGAUAACUGCAAGGGUCACCUGCUGGCUAGCUAAGCUUUUAUCUUAUGCUGACAGAUGUGACUGA